GGCCGCAGGGCCGCUCCCGGGGCCACAUGGCUGAGGGGAACACAGGGAGCGACCAGAGGCAGAAUGAGGAAAUUGAAGCAAUGGCAGCCAUUUAUGGCGAGGAAUGGUGUGUCAUUGAUGAUUGUGCCAAAAUAUUUUGUAUUAGAAUUAGCGAUGAUAUAGAUGACCCCAAAUGGACACUUUGCUUGCAGGUCAUGCUACCAAACGAAUAUCCAGGUACAGCUCCACCUAUUUAUCAACUGAAUGCUCCUUGGCUUAAAGGGCAAGAACGUGUGGAUUUAUCAAACAGCCUUGAAGAAAUAUAUAUACAGAAUAUUGGUGAAAGUACUUUACCUCCGAUUGAUCACGGCAUUCCUAUUACUGACCGAAGAAGUACUUUUCAGGCCCACUUGGCUCCUGUAGUUUCCUUCUUGCAGGACUGUGAGGAUGAUGGGGAAACAGCAGCUGGCGGGCGUCUUCUCCAUCUCAUGGAGAUUUUGAAUGUGAGGAAUGUCAUGGUGGUAGUAUCACGCUGGUAUGGAGGGAUUCUGCUAGGACCAGAUCGCUUCAAACAUAUCAACAAUUGUGUCAGAAACAUACUGGUGGAGAAGAACUAUACAAGUUCACCUGAGGAAUCCUCCUCUCUGGACUUCAGGGUCUCAAUAUGUAAACAGCAAGCACCAAGAGAAGUCUCGGAUGAAUGCCUCUCCUGA